CUCACGAAAGCCCGCGAACGCGAACGAACCGAAGCCAUUCGACAUGGUGUGAUUGCCGACCCCGACAAGCCUCGAUCCCUCUCCGAAGCAAUCACGCCCGUUGGCACAUGCCAGGACAUGUGUGCAGAGUACGAGCGGGUACAGCGGGUGGUGCAAAAAGAUGUGUGGGAAGAGGAGACGGAUCCCACCCAUUCCGCAUUUGCCAGCACCGACAAAGAGCCCGAUGAAGCGCGCAUGGUGAAGAAGUUUCGGAGAGCCGCUGCGGGCCUGGAAGAACAACUACCUUCGGAUCUCCGUCCGCCUCAUAUCUUGAAGCGAACGUGCGACUAUCUCUUCAAUGAGGUUGUUGGCAACGCGCCAUUCCUCGGCCAAGUACAUCACUUCGUCUGGGACCGGACUCGGGCGGUACGGAAUGAUUUCUCCAUCCAACAAGUCACACGGCCGGAAGAGUUGAGCAUCGCCAUCGAUUGUUACGAACGAAUUGCCCGGUUCCACAUCGUCUCGCUCCAUCAGCUUGCGCUUCCCGAGAAGCCCUACUCGAAAUACGACUGGCAGCAAGAGCGCGAACAGCUCGACCGUACUCUCUUGUCCUUGAUGCAAUUCUACGACGACAGCCAUGGGCGAAUAGACCUCCCGAACGAGCCGGAAUUCCGUGCCUACUGCGUGAUUUUCCAGUUGCAAGAUCCGACUCCAGACCUGGAAGACAGGGUGCAGACGUGGCCAAGACGGAUCAUUGAAGACACGAGAGUGCACAAAGCAUUGGAUUUGUACAUGGCAGCUUGCAACGUCAUCUACUCACAAGGCCCCCUGAAACCGACCGCUCACCAUCUGAUCGCGCGACAAGACUGGCAACGCUUCUGGACCCUGGUGGCCUCGAAGCAAGUCUCGUACCUCAUGGCCUGCGUCGCCGAGAUCUACUUCAACCUCGUUCGGCGCAUGGUGCUCAGCGCUCUUUUCCGCACAUUCCGCAUGAAUUCCAACCUCGCCACCCCAGACUGGACAAUCGACAUUCUUUGCGAUCUGCUGGGCUUUGACGAUGGUGAUGAGGUGUAUACGUAUUGCGAACGCUUCGGCUUCGGCUUUAACGAACGGGAGGAUGGUGAACACUACUUGGAUCUCACUUCA